GGAAUUGUCCCAGCAGCACCCCUUCGCCUGCCUCCGCCCCACCAGUCAUGCUACGGACAGGACCGCAACAUUUUCAGCCAAACUACAAGGAAACAUAAACACAAAGUCUCCAAUUUCACUGAACAUACUAAGUGGAACGAUUCUUCCUCUAGACACAUCUGGUGCCGCGACAUUUCAUUUGGUUAGCGGGUGUACGCAUGGGAAAAGGCAGAAGGUCUGCAUGCUGUUAGUUGCUGCCGAUCUGAGCUCUACCUGACAAGGAUCAGGUUGUAUCCUAUUCGUUAGUGGCAGCACGGGGGGAGGAGCCAUGAGUGAAGGGGAGGGGCUCUUCCACAGCGUGCAGGUGGGUGACUCCACCUUCACUGUGCUGACCCGCUAUCAGCAGCUCCGCGCUAUCGGGUCUGGUGCCCAGGGCAUUGUCUGCUCGGCCCUGGACAGUGUCCUUGGGGUCCCUGUGGCGGUGAAGAAACUGAGCCGGCCCUUCCAGAACCAGACCCACGCCAAGCGGGCCUAUAGGGAGCUGGUGCUGCUCAAGUGCGUCAAUCACAAAAAUAUUAUUAGGCUCCUGAAUGUCUUCACACCACAGAAUUCACUGGAGGAGUUCCAGGAUCUCUACCUGGUGAUGGAGCUGAUGGAUGCCAGUCUGUGCCAGGUCAUCCACAUGGAUCUGGACCAUGAGAGGAUGUCCUACCUGCUCUACCAGAUCCUCUGUGGCAUCAGACACCUGCACUCCGCUGGCAUCAUCCACAGGGACUUGAAGCCCAGUAACAUAGUGGUGAAGUCUGACUGUACUCUGAAGAUCCUGGACUUUGGGCUGGCCAGAACAGCCUGUACUAACUUCAUGAUGACCCCUUACGUUGUUACCCGAUACUACAGAGCACCAGAGGUCAUCCUGGGCAUGAAGUAUAAAGAGAAUGUGGACAUCUGGUCCGUGGGAUGCAUCAUGGGAGAGAUGGUGAAGGGCAGUGUUAUAUUCCAGGGCACGGAUCACAUUGACCAGUGGAACAAGGUGAUUGAGGUUCUGGGCACGCCCCCCAUGGAGUUUAUGAACCGUUUGAUGGAGACUGUGAGGAACUAUGUGAUGAACAAGCCCCAGUACCCAGGGGUCAGCUUCUCUCAACUCUUCCCUGACUGGGCCUUCCCAGCAGAGACAGAGCAGGAUCAACUCAAGACCAGUCAAGCACGGGACCUGCUUUCCAAGAUGCUGGUGAUUGACCCAGAGAGCCGUAUUUCAGUGGAGGAUGCCCUGGAUCACCCCUACAUCCACAUGUGGUACGACCCAGGAGAGGCUGAUGCACCACCACCACAGAUAUCUGAUAAACAGCUGGAGGAGCGAGAACACAGCAUUGAACAGUGGAAAGAGCUGAUCUAUGACGAGUUGAUGGACUGGGAGGAGAGGAACCAGAAUGGAGUAAUGAAGGAGGACUGUGCAGAUGAAGUGGUGAACCACAGUGCUACAGCUUCCCAGUCAUCCUCUACGAGUGACUUCUCCUCAAUGUCCACUGAGCAGACCUUGGCCUCUGACACCGACAGCAGCUGUGUUGACACCCUCACAGGGGCGCUAGAGGAGUGACAGUGAACCUCUUUCCACCCCGGCAUCUGUUUUUUUUCUUCAAUCAUCACUAACUAUCCAUCUUCUUAGGUAGCACUUUUCACAUGACUUUAUACUGUCUAUUUUUACUUUGGGUCCCGCUGGAUGGUAAAUCAUUCAACCGCUUUUCUUUUUUAAACUGAAAAUGAUUCCGUUUUAAAUUGAACUCUCUCUGUCACUCUUUCCCUAUCUCUGUUGUAAAUAGUCCAUUCAUACUGUACCAUGGUUCAAAUAAGUCAUGCACCUCUAGACUUGUUGUCCAAGCCAAGAGCACACACUGUUCAAUGUGUAGUUUGACCACCUACAGUUUCAGUAUAAAGUACUGUAUAUGCAUUAAACUAGGGCUAGGCUAUAAUGUCUUAUGACUGUUUUGUCAUCAGAAAUAUCCAAUGAUGAACAAAAGACACUGCUGCAUGUUACUACAAAUGAAUACUUGACUACACAUAGAAACAGCUGUGAUGCAAGAUCUUCAUGUAUUUCCAUCCAGAGGACAUUAGCCUCCUCUGUGUGAAGAAACAGUACUUGGCUCUGGUCCAGGUCUUUCCUAAUGAGGGUAAAGAGUGAUACAUUUUAUGCAUGUUAUGUGUGUUUAUGUACAUAAGUAUCUAUCUAUACUGUUUGCUGUGUGUUUAAAUGUAUUGAUUGUUGUGAUGCUGAGACUGGGUUUUACAGCUGAUCCAAAUAUGCUGAGGCAUUACAAACUGUACAAAAUACAUCCAUUUAUUUUGGAACAAACUAUUGUUAAAAUUUAAUGGGAAACAUGUCAGAAAUUGGUUGAUGUUUGAAAGAUGUAUUAUAAUGAAACUGAAUGGGGAAAAAAGGUGAACGGUGGAUACUUUGCACUUUCUAGACAAUUUCAGCUUAAAGUCAUUCCAAGAAAAAUAUUGAUUAAAAGAGGGAUACAAUCAUG